AUGGAUUUUACGUAUCUUCAAUCUCUUUCACCGAGCGUAUAUCCUGUAAUUUGUGGUGUCUUCCUUUGUUUUCUCACUCUUGGUUUGUACUUCAAACUCACCAGCGAAGCCAUAGAUUACUGGAUUUUCUUAGGCACAGUUCCAUCCUUGUUUUGGAACUUCAAUCGAUUAAUUGAAUGGAUGUCAGAAAUUUUCAGUUCGCUUGGCACCGGCAGGGGUUCAUUUUAUAUGGAUGGACCCAUGUUCUCAGGUUGUAGAUUUCUGGUAACCUGUCACCCUGAAAACAUAGAGUACAUACUUAAAACCAACUUCGACAAUUUCCCAAAAGGAGAAAACUUUAAGGAAGUUUUCGAUAUACUUGGUGUUGGGGUCUUUAACGUGGAUUCUGAUACUUGGAGACUACAACGAAAACUAAUUCAUUCCUGGUUGAUCUCAGGAGAAUUUAAAGAUCUAGUUACUAACACUAACCGUAAGGUGGUACAAGAACAGUUAAUCCCAGUUUUAUCUCAUGUAGCCGAACAAGGGUUCAGCAUUGAUUUACAAGAUGUUUUUUCGAGAUUUGUUUUCGAUAUUAAUAUGAGAUUGGUUUUCGGGAGGAAUGAAAACUAUCUUUCAAUAGUUUUUCCUUUAAAUGAGUGGGCUGAUGGUUCAGAUGGUGCACAUGAGGCCGUCUUCUUCAGGGGUGUAAUGCCUCCAUUUAUUUGGAAAUUACAGCGUCUGCUCGGAAUUGGUAAAGAGAGAGCAAUAAUCAAAGCUCGAACAAUAAUAGAUGAAAAGUAUGGAAAAGCCGUUGUUGAAAAGAGAGAUGAGUUCCUUGCAGGAGGAGUUCUAACUCAUGAUUUCUUAUCUUUUUACAUAAAAACUCUAGCAGAUGAGACUAGUGUCUUUUCUUCUUUGGCUAGGAUAGACAAUUUUCUUAGAGAUGAAUUGCUGAAUGCUUUCUUGGCCGGACGGGAUACAAUGAAAUCUGCUCUCACUUGGUUGUUCUGGUUAGUGUCCAUAACACCUUCAGUCAAAGCAAAAAUCUUGGAAGAGUUGAAUUCUGUAUUGUGUUCGCAGAAGAAGGGGAAAAGUACUCAUACAUGGCCGUCUUUUUUCGAUUCAGACGACUUGAAAGAUUUAGUUUACUUGCAUGCAGCUAUAUGUGAAUCCUUAAGGUUAUAUCCAGCACUUCCUGUCAACCGAAAAUCGGUUGUCAAGAAAGACGUACUUCCCGAUGGGAGUGUGGUGACUCCUGGAAUGGAGAUACUGCUUUCAUUCUACUCAGUAGGAAGAAUGCCAUGGAUCUGGGGUGAAGAUUGUUUAGAAUAUAAGCCGCAGAGAUGGAUAGAUGAAAAUGGGAAGCUGAUUGUGGUACCGACAUCCAAAUUCCCAGCGUUUGGCUCUGGAGCAAGAAGUUGUUUAGGUAGAGAUACAGCUUUUACACAGAUGAAGUAUGUUGUUGCAGCUGUGCUAUUCAACUUCCAUGUUGAGGUGGUAAAAGGUCAUCAUGUUUGCCCUUCGCAGACCCCCAACCUUUACAUGGAACAUGGAUUGCAAGUGAAUAUUAAGAAAAGAACAGUUUAG